AGGAGGCCAGACUCCACACUCAGUCAGAAAUGAACAUCAAGCUUCAUGCACUAGGUUCCUAUACAUAUUUAUUUUCGAGAUACAUAUAGUACUUUGUUUGGUACUUGGAAUCAACGGUAUAUGGGACAUGUGCUUUUCUCUUUGGGAAAUUCCAUUCCAUGCACAUCAUAGUGGUCUGAUUUAUCUUCCUUUAUCUACAUUUGGGGAGAGGAAAGAAACAUAAUUUGACCUCCACCAGGGCUUGUGUCUUCUGCUGAAGAGAAUGUCAGGGAAGGUGUGCAGCAGCAACAGCGUGUUACAGGCACGGAAGGCUCUAGAACAACUGCGAGUGGAAGCUAGCAUAGAUCGAAUUAAGAUUUCACUGGCAGCUGCAGAGCUAGUGCAGUAUUGUCAAGAACACAAACGAAGUGACCCUCUCCUCACCGGCAUCGCUGCCUCCUCCAACCCCUUCAAGGACAAGAAGACCUGUGUGUUGUUGUAGACCCUAGCCAGACACUGAUACCUAGGUUACAGAUUUACACUUAAUUGGUCAUCUAAAUGGU